AUGCAACGGUAUGGGCGGGGAACACGGUGGGGUUCGAUCAUCACUCCAGAGGCUCUGAACCAGAUGAUAACGCAAAAUGCGGUGCGAUGUGUCAAAGUUGCCUUGGAGGGCCAGGCACCUGAGCUGGGUAGGUGCCGGGCCGGUCCCAAUGUCAUGACCCAGUAUGGUUACUUCCCCCUCCAUCGAGCUGCUGAAAUGUUCUCCGUUGACAUGAUUGAGUUGCUCAUUCGCCACGGUGCGUCGGCCAAUCUACGAACAGCAGGUGCCGAGGUAAUUGAGGGACUACUCCCACUCCAUGUUGCAGUCGACAACACGUGCAUGCAUAAGUAUCUGGAAGACAGUUUGUUCCCAAACCGUGAGGAUCAGUAUUACAAUGAGCAUCGGGAUUGCAGUGAGGCAGAUGCAAACUAUAUCUUCAGGCUCAUCUAUCUUUUGUGCCUUCCUGAAAUGAAGAUCUUUUUGGACACCACAAGGCUGGUCGCAAAAUACACAGAUAAUCUACUGGUUGAGCUCUGGAACUACAUAAAAGAUGGAAAGCUUGCCCAGACAGCCAUAUUGCUCCUGGCUGCUCAACAACAAAUCCGCAUGGGAACUUCCCGCAAGAAAAAAGGAAAUAGUAAACCUGAUGGGUUUCCUACUAUCUGUGAACGUAUUUUGGAUAACAAUAUUACCUUACAGUUGGAAAAAGGCCAAAAUGGAAUAGAACAGGAGCAAGUGGAUGCAAAGAUAAAACUUAAUCAUACCGCAAUGAUGCUUGUUCGUGUCAUUUCAAAAGCUGGUGAAGACCUUGAUUCAUACAUUCGAAAUCAUCUAGAGGUGCCCUACUUCAUGCAGGUGCCCCAUUUAGAGGUCCUCGAACGUGUUUCGUCGAUUCUCAAGGAUAAUGUUUGA